AUGGAUGAGAAAUACUUGGAGGAUUUGAAACAAUUCGAAGAUUUAUCCAAUUUAACCAAAGAUUUAUCUGAGGACGAAAUUUGGUUCAAAUUCCUUGCAAUUUGGUUCGAAAUUCUCGAUAAUGAAUAUUUUUUAUGUUACAGCCAAUGUGUUGUGCUUAUCGAAAGUUUAAUAAAAAUGGUGAAGUUUUAUACAAUAAGGAAAGAUGUUCAAUUUUCUCGACAAACGGCGUUUAAAUCGUUGGAAAAUCUGAAUAAAACUCGAUUGAAAAAUUAUUUCUUGUUAACGAAAGAGGAACAGGAAGAAGAAAUGAAUAAAAUCUAUUAUAAACAUGUUUAUUAUCUUCUGUUAAUUUCAUCUCAAACAAUAUCGUUUAUUCCAUUUGAUUCGUUGGACGAUCAACUAUUUAUUGAAGAUCAUCUCGACCUUUUCGAGAUCUUUAUUCGAAGAAUUGAUCAGCGAAUGCCGAAGGAAUCCGAUGGGCAACGUACUUUGGGUAUUAUUGGCGAACGAAUUCUAACUUUCCUUUGGAAUUUAACUGAUCGGAUAAUUCUCAUUCCAAUUCUACUUCGAACAAAUCUUGCAGAAAAUACUUUGAAAUGGAUUCAACAAUCGGAUUCAUUGACAGAGAAAAGCCGAAGAGCUUUUCCAAGUAUUCUUCAAAAUAUCGCUCGACAUGAUCAAGGUGCAGAAAAAUUAAAUCAAUUCGAUGCGAUUGAAAUUCUCAAAGCGUAUCAACAAAAAAAACUCGAGAAGACUGGAAGUCGAAAAUUAUUGAUUUCGAUGGCGAUCGCAUUACUGUCAACGCCUGAACAAUUGAAAGAUAACAAAAAAGGAAUGAAUGCUGUAUUGAAUCAAUUAUUGCAGUUGGUUAUCGACUCGUUCGGAUCUGAUCGAUUUCGUUCUGAUGGAAUUCAUGUUAGCGAACCUCUACAAGUUUUAGUGAAACUAUUCGUUGUUGACGAACGAACACUUGAUUAUAUUCUUAACCAUGCUGAAACGGAAUGCUCCUCCAAUUUCGUGUCGACAAUUUGCUUGUUUAUUGAGAUCUUUCUUCAGUUUAGCGAUUCGUUGAAACAAUCGGAUCGUGUCGAACAAUUUACAUUGAUUGCAACUACGAAUGUUCUAUGGAGUAUCUCGUUUCUUCACUAUUCCAAAGAAGAAUUUCUCAAAAACAAGUUGUUCAUUCGAACCAUUAAGAAAAUCAAUGAAGAUUUAGAUGAAAACGACAUCAUUCAGCAGUAUAAACCAAAAUCAAUGGAGAAUAUUCAACAAGCGAUUCAAGGUAUUUUACAUAAUCUGGAUUUUCAGCAAGAAUCAACCCAUUCAAUUCAAAAUCGAACUGGUCAAAAAUGGAUCAUGAUAAGUUACUGUCACGAAAAUAUUGAUUUAUGCAAUGAAAUCUCGAAAUAUCUGAAAAAUUCCAUAAAAGAUUUGAAUAUUUGGAUCGAUCAAACCCAUACAGAUGGUUCAGUGGAUCUAUGGGAAUCCAUCGCCCAAGGAAUCGAACAAUCGACUGCAGUUUUAUGUUUUCUCUCAGAGGAAUAUUUUCAAAGUAAAUCAUGUCGACAAGAAUUUGUUUAUGCAAAUGAUUCUCUGAAAAAACCGAUCGUUCCGAUAUUGAUCAAAAGCUUCCAACCAAAAGGAUGGCUAGGUUAG